UAUAUGUAUAAUCUAUUUAAAUUUAUAUAAAAAACAUUUACCAAGUUUCGUAAUGUGCGUGUGGAACUCUACGUCAAAAGCUUGUGGCCCGAAUUUUUCGCGGGAUAGAUUCGAUGGAAAUGAUGUCCGGCGAGUACCGAAUCACGCCGUUUUCUCGCGCCUCGCGAGAGGCGCGACCGCCGUUCGUCGCCUAGAGAAUUUUUCUGCCCGACAGCUGGCAACCUGGAUAUCGAUUGUCAUUAUUUAUAUCGUGUUGUUGAAGGGGAGUCGAGCGUGCGAAGAGAAUGACGGAUAGCCAGCAGCAGUUUUGCUUGCGGUGGAAUAACUUUCAGGCGAACAUCACGAGCCAGUUCGAGGCGCUGCGAGAUGACGAGGACUUCGUCGACGUUACCUUCGCGUGCGACGGCAGGCGACUCCAGGCGCACAAGGUCGUCCUUUCCGCGUGCAGUCCUUACUUCAAGGAGCUGUUCAAGACAAAUCCUUGCAAGCAUCCAAUAAUUUUCAUGCGAGAUGUUGAGUUUGAACAUCUACAAUCGCUAUUGGAAUUUAUGUACGCCGGAGAGGUAAAUAUCUCGCAGGCCGAAUUACCUACAUUUCUGCGUACUGCUGAAUCUCUUCAAAUUCGUGGCCUCACCGACUCCCAAAGUAAUCAGCACAACAAUGAAAAGCAUUUGAAGACAAACAACAUCCAUGCAUCAAAUGGCCGUGAUCUGAUCUCACCGAGCUUUGACGAUGAACGCAGUAGAACUCCACCACCUUCAAGCCCUCCUCCACUGAAAAGGCUGUGUAAAAAAAGUGAUUCACCUCCAAUUUCUAGUCCAACACCCUCUAUACCGCCUUGUGCUACUAUUGCACCUCGCUCGCGCCCACUUAUCGAGCCUCAAGUUCAGCUCGAUUGUUAUAAAGAUCUCGAUAUUGUUGAGCCAAAAAUAGAAUUACCUGAAUAUGGCAGUGAUGACGAUUGCUCACCUAAACAGGAAGCUAAUACAUUACCCAGUGGAUUUCUCAGCUUGGAUAGUGGUAUGGAAGUAUUGCCAUCUUAUCCAUCAUCUUAUCAAGGAAACCAAAAUGUAGAAGGAGGAAUGCCAGGUACAUCACAUGGGACUACGGAAUUAAAUCAGGAGCAGCAAGCUGACCUGCGUAAACUGCACUCGCUGGACCCACGCCCCUGUCCUGUGUGCAACCGCAUGUACAGUAACUUGUCCAACCUGCGGCAGCACAUGCGCCUCAUCCACAACCCUCAGAGUGUCACUUGCCCUCUAUGUAACAAGCCAUUCAAGACCAAGCUGUACCUGAAGCGUCACCUGGUCAGUUUCCACGACCUCAGUGUGGCAGACAGGCAACGACAGGAAGAAAUCUACCAACAUCAAGUUAAGGUUCAGGUCCAGGGACAGGGACAGGGACAAACGCAGGUUCAGGGAGGAGUUCAGACUCAAACUCAAACACAAGUUCAGGCUCAAACACAAGCUCAGAUUCAAGCUCAGACUCAGGUGGAUAAUAAGGUGCUUUUAGCGGCUCCUGCCCCACCUUCUCGGGGUAUCACCGAGGAAGGUGGGGCUAGCGGUGGUGGUGGUGGCACCACGGAACCAAAGCUCAGAUCGUAUCAGGCACAAGCUGGCGAUAAUGCUUACUCGGUAGAGGUGGCGCAGAUUAGUGAUUCAAAGCAUUUUGCUAGUGGGAUGUUGCAAUUUGAUGCUACGUAUCACUAAUGUGUACAGGAUGUUUAUUUAUUUUUUAAUCUAUUAUAUCUCGUGCCCAGUUUGUUGUAUCAUUUUGUGAUAUAGUAACAAAUUGAGUUUAUCUUUAUUGUUUAGUGAACUUGUGAUUCAAUAGGAAACGUAUCUUCAUAGUUGACCGACAGUAGCUAGAAAUAACGUUACGACACAAGGCUGAUUCCGUAUUUAAUAAUCCAGGUCCUGUGCACAGAGGUGUGCAUGUGUGUGCACGGGUGUAAUUUAUAAUUUUAAAUCUUUUUGAGAAACGUGUAUGCAAUUCUUGUCGCACAAACACGAAUGGAGGACAAGAAAUCAAAUACGAUUGACGGUCGCGCACUUGAUUGUUUUCGUCCGUAAUAAGACGCCUAUAAAGAUCAUUCGAAUGAUCAUUCAUACGAAGGUCGACAGUGUAUAUAGGUUUGGGAGACUAGUUUACAUAUAAAGUCCCGUGCCUAUUCAUCGUAAAGAUGAACGCUGAUGAUGGGGGAGAGAACGACUAAAAUGCCGAUGGUGGAGCAGCCAUCCCACCUCGUACUGAUAAUUCUGCAGCCGGAUACUUGUUGUUUUAUUUAAUGCUAUACAGUGUUAUACAGACUACAGAUAUUUACAACAAUAUUAUAUUCUUACAGAGGAUUAUAUUUACUUUAUUAUUGCAACGCAAUGUGCAAUGACAUAGCUCGUACAUGAUAUAUUUUUCACAUGCAUACAUUGCAAUAUACAGCCAAUUGACAGCUCAACAGAGUAAUAAUAUUUAUUAUUAACAGUUAUCAACAAACCGUGAUCGCAAUAAUGCAGCAGAUUGAAUUUAACAAUAUAUAAUAAGAAGGCAAUGUCUCUGCUGGUUUCUUGUCUGUAAGCAUGUCCGUAGAAGAGUGUUUUUCAAAUACUCUACCUCAAUGAUACAUAUGUUUAAUGACAGUACCAUAAAGAUAUUUAUUUCACUAUUUUCUUGAAAGAUUAUAAUGCUCAAUUAUAAUUAUCAAACAACGCGCUCUUAAACGAUAUUUAUAUAAUUUAUAUAUAAGUCGUAUGUUUUUUUUGAGUUGUAUAUAUUUAGUUUCUAAAAUUUAUAUUUAUUAAUUUUCAAACACAAAGAAUUCUUAAAGUAUCAAAGAGACGCAGUAGCAUUUUGUGUGAAGUUUAUACAUGUAUUAACAGUUUUGCGAGAGUAACUUUACAGUAUAUUCUUUACAGAGAGAAAAAGGGCAAUAAUGUUUUGGCAAUAAUUAAUUGUAUUUUUUUAUAUAAGCUUUUAUCAGAAAUAUAUUUUGUAUUUUUCAGAGGCAUUUAUAUAAUAGCGUAUACAGUCUUUAGCUAUUUUUAAUGAUGAUUUCGUUAAUUAUCAUUUUUCGUCAGAAUUUUCUUUUAUCAUCUUUUAUUAGGGACAUUUAAUUUCAACUUUUAUAAAAGUAAACCAGCAUAGAUAUCUGCCGCACAAUUCCAUAGCCAUAGUACCACACAGUACAACUCAGGAUCUUUUAUAUUAUAUUUUACAGAUGACAAUAGUUCCAUAAGUACGAUUUAUAAUAGCGAUUCUAGAAAAUGGGGCACUGGGUAUGUCCCCUAGAAUCGUAACCUUUUAAGUCGUACCAUUCAUAUAAACAGGCUCCUUACCUCACAUACAAUCAAAUUACUAAACAGAUGCAGCUAUAUAUUAUAAUAUAUUUACAUACAAUACAAUUUACAAUAGUACUGGGAAAAGUUGCAACAACUGCAACUAUAACACAGAUUGCCGAUAUUAUACAAACGGUUUUUAUUAUCUGUUAUUACAUUGGUAAGUGAUUGCAAUGUUUUUUUACACGUUAAAAGUGUACUACGAAUGUACAUUCGAGAUUUUCGUUUAUGAUAUGAAUGGAUGCCCAGCACAACUGACAAUUAGUACCGAAAUAAGAUUAGAUUAUAAAUGUUGCAUAUCAUAUUAUAAUAUUGUUAUACAUUUGCCAAGCAGUGUUACAUUCAUCAACUCUCAGGCUUUGGAUCAUAUACAGAGAUUUCAUUCUGCUUCUCUUGCCAAUAUAGAGUAAUGUUUCUUAUAAUGGUGCAUUCUUCACACAUACUAAUUUCCAAUUGUAGAAAUUCAGCUACUGAGUUUUUACAAUGCAGUGUCUUGUAGAAUAAGAAAUGUAGAUUUAGUACAUUAUUUUUUUGGUACUCUAUUUGAUAGAGUUUCACAUUUAUUAUUCCAUUUAGUUUUUCUCGCAUUAGUAAUAUUAAGAUCUGCACUUGAUAUUAUUUAUAGAAGUCUUGUUACUUCCGAUAUUUACUUUCAGUCAUUUUGGUGUCUACUCGAUCCUUUGCCUGAGAUCCCAUAUACUGUGUAUAUCAGAGUGAUGUGUUACAGAAUGUCACAUAAUAGUAAGCAUCAUUUGACAGGCCGGACUUCGCUGGGCAUUAAAAACCGGUUACCUAGCUAAUAUCACAAUACAAUUCCGAACAUUCAUUGUUAUAAUUACAAUUAUAUUACGAAUUCACAAAUGGUGUGUGCAAACAUUCCGUAAUUCCGCAACAUGAAGACAGCAAAGAG